AUGCAGUGCAUGAAAGUUGCUCUGGAGCAGCAGGUAAAAUACCUGCAGGAAGAAGUCUCAAGAAGAGCAGAGGAGACUUCAAUCAUUACCGUGAAGGCACAGGAGCUCCAUUACUGUCUUCAGUCCCUCAAUGCUCAAUUGGAGACUGAAAGAUACUGGAACCUAGCCCUCCAGAAUGAUUGGCAGGACUUGUGCCUAAGACUCGAGUUUGCAGACCAGCAGUAUGGCAAGCAGGUUGAGCAGCUUGAGGAGCUUGAGGCAGAGAAGCUUGCCCUGGAGCAGAAAGUGAAGGAACUGCAGGAGGAUGGUAUUUCAAGAAGAGCAGAGGAUGAAACAAGUGAUACUGGGGUUAAUCAAGAGCUCCAAGAACUUGUGACAUCUUUAAAGACUCAGCUGCAGGCCGAGAAAAACAGGGCCGAAAAUCUCAAGAGAGAGGGGGAAGAUUUAAGGUCUCGGCUUCAAAUUGUAAACAACAACUUGACACAGUUGGAGGCAGAAAAACUUGCCCAGGAGCAGAAGACAGAGGCUGAAAGGGAAGAGAGACAGAGAAAGGAGGAUUCAGAUAAAACCGAGAAGGUAGAAGAGCUCCAACAACUUGUGGAAUUGUUCAAAACUGAGCUACAGGCUGAAAAAAACAAGACUAAAACCCUCAGGAGUGAACAAGAAGAACUCAGGUCUUCCCUUCAGAAGAUUGAAAAACAGAACCUGAAGCAGGCUAACCAGUCAGAGGCUGAGAAACUUGUCCUGGAGCAGACUGUGAGGAGGCUGAGGGAGGAGACCAAGAACAGAGCAAAGACGGAAAAAAUUUAUCUCGCCAAGAUUCAAACGAGCCAUGAAAUGGUAGUUAACCAAAGUAUUGUGCUGCAUGACAAGUACCGGAUGACUGACGCCCUCACGAAACAACUGAAGGAAGUUCUGGACAAAAGAAGAAAAGAGAUGAAGCUGAUUGAAAAGGUGACUACAGAAAACGAGUUUCUGAAACAGACUGUGUGGGAGUUGCAGGAGGCGAUCAUGAGAAGAACAAAGACUGCAGAAAAUGAUCUCACCACGAUUCAAGAGGGCCUUGAUAAGGAAGCUUCCCAAAUCAUUCUGCUGCAGGAAAAGGAGCAGAUGGCUGACGACCACAUGACACAAAUGGAGGACGUCAGGCAUCAGCUUCUGGACAAAAACAGUAAUGAGAUGAAGCUGACUGAAGACCUGACAACAGAAAACGAGACCAUCGAGGAAACACCCGAGAUGGAGGAGAUCUCUGGAGCAACACCCGAGACCUUUGAGGAAACACCUCAGAUUUCCUGGUGGAGGAGAGUUAAAAAGGGAUUGACUCCUAAACAUCGGCGCCAGUACAAGCAGCGGAUGUCGGACCAGGAGAUGAAAACUCCAACCUCACCCUAA